ACCUUCCAAAGUUGGAUAAGUCCCUUUUCGAAAAUGUUUAUGUCCAUUCGACUGCGGACUCAUGAUAUAAAUUUCUUUCCAUUGGUGAUGACGGUUGAGGUUUACAUAAUCUGCAACAAUUCCUUUCGGCACUCUCAAAUAAUUCGUCUAAUGAACCCACUUUACCAUCUUCAAGCCAACAUGUCCACCACUGCAACCAAGCUGCAGCAAGUCAAAGCCUCCGAAGGCCGUGAUUCCGUCCUCAGAGCCCUUCGUGAGGAUGGGGCUGUGAUCAUCAAAGGCCUGUUCACAAAUGAUCAAGUUCGUCGUCUGAAUGAAGAGGUGCAGCCUGCUAUAGACAAGCUUGGAGUGGGCUCUAAGCACUCAGAAGAAUGGGUUAAGGCCUUUUAUGGCGAUAACACAAAGCGUUUAAACAACGUGGUCACGCUGAGCAAGACGUUUCGCGAAGAAAUUCUAGAGAACGACUUGAUCCACCAACUGUGCGAAGAGAUCUAUCUGAAAGAUGCAGGUGGAUACUGGAUGAACUCUGCUCAAGUCAUCGACAUCGGCCCGGCCAGCAAGGCCCAACCGUUACAUCGUGACCAAUGGCAAUUCCCAAUCUUCACGUAUUGCGGCCCUAAUGCGCCAGAGGCUAGCAUCAACUUCGUUGUGGCAUUGACUGAGUUCAGCGAUGAGAACGGCGCAACCAGAGUCAUUCCCGGAAGCCACAAGUGGAAUGAUUUCCAAGAAACUGGAACUCCAGAAGAUACAAUUCCAGCGGAAAUGGAGGCGGGUGACGCCUGUUUCAUUACUGGAAAGGUUGUGCAUGGAGGGGGUGCCAAUAGGACCAAGGACAUCACGAGAAGGGGUAUAACUCUAGUUUUUCAGUGCUCAUACCUCACUCCUGAAGAGGCAUACCCGUUUCUUGUUGAAAAGGAACUUGCCAAAACACUCAGCCCACGAGCCCAGCGAAUGAUUGGUUUCCGAUCUCAGUUUCUGAAGGACAGUCCUGGAGUGUGGAAGCGGGAUUACAGUGAAAUGGAUGAAAUUCAUUGUUAGGAGGGGCCAAGUCUCAAUAUCUGUCGGAGGUAUUUCGUGCGUAGCCACCACUACUACUUGGUUCCAGCCCACCAGAACUAACCUAGCUUACCGGAAUACAACACACUUCCAUCUGUCCAACAACAUCUUUGCACCUUUGAUGUUUCCUUUCGUUUACUAAUCGACUUGAAAUACAAUCGAAGUAUAAUGAUCCUGCUAAAUGUGACGAUACUGUUUGAACAUGUGAAUAUAUUGAGAAUGGGUCCCUACCGGUUUUAUGGCGUCUUCGAUAUCCUAGGUUGGGCCUCGACUGCGGGUGAGUCAGUGGGUCUCGGAGUUCGUGACCUUACAUUUAGAUUCGAAAUUACAGUUUACGGAUCUCAAGGGAC